GCUUCCGGUCCUCGCUCCGGGCUCGGGGUCCCGCGGCAGCCGGGAGUCUUAUUUUCUGUGGGCAGGCAGUAAUUCCGAAGACAACCUGUAUCCAAAAGGAUGGAGUUGGGAGAAGGAAGACUUCUCAGGACAGGGAUGAAUGCAUUGUACCAGGCAGUACACCCAGUUCAUGGCCUGGUCUGGACUGACGGGAAUCAGGUAGUCCUAACUGAUUUACAGCUUCACAGUGGAGAGGCCAAGUUUGGGGACUCCAAGGUCAUCGGACAGUUUGAACAUGUAUAUGGGGUGUCCUGGGCCCCGCCUGGUGUAGCUGACAUGGCUGCUCUACUCGCUGUCCAGCACAAGAAGCAUGUCAUUGUGUGGCAGCUGUGUCCCAGCAGUACGGAGACGAUCAAAUGGGUGAUGUCUUGGAUCUGUGAGAUUAGACAGUCACUCCCUGUCCUUCCCCAGGGCUGUGUGUGGCAUCCAAAGAGUGCUGUCCUGGCUGUAUUGACUGCACAGCAUGUGUCAGUCUUCCCAAGUGUUCACUGUGACGGCUCCAGGGUGAAAGUGGACAUUGACACCCAGGGCCUCAUUCACUGUGCCUGUUGGACCCAGGAUGGCCGGAGGCUGGUGGUGGCAUCUGGUAGCAGCCUGCAUUCCUAUAUUUGGGACAGUGCUCAGAAGACUCUCCACAGGUGCUCCUUCCAUCCUGUGUUUGAUGUGGACAGCCAUGUGCGCUCCCUUAGUGCCACUGUGAACUCACAGGUCGCUAUAGCCACUGAGCUUCCACUAGAUAAGAUUUGUGGCUUAAAUGCAUCCGAAACCUUUGCCAUUCCACCUGGUGGUGAAGACACUCAUUUGUGUACUUCACCAGUUACUGAGGAAGUACCCACUGGGGAUGAGGGAGCAGUUGCUUCUGAAACAAAUUUUGAAACAUCAGUGUCUCCUGUUUCUUCCUCUUCAGAUCCUCUAGAUCUAACUCAUAUACAUUUCAAUACAGCUACGCCUGAGAGUAGUUCUCUUAUUUGCCUAAGAAAAAAGGACUUCUUGACAGGAACUGGCCUGGAUUCUUCACAUUUGGUCCUUGUGACCUUUGAGAAAGAGGUCACCCAGACCAAAAAAGUCACCAUUCCCGGCAUUCUGGCUCCUGAUCUAAUAGCUUUUAAUCUUAAAGCACAGGUGGUGGCAGUGGCUUCCAAUACUUACAAUAUAAUUUUUAUCUAUUCUGUCAUUCCAUCGUUCACACCAAACAUCCAGCAAAUUCAAUUAGAGAGAAAUGAAAAGCCAAAAGGUUUAUGUUUCCUGACAGAUAAGUUAUUAUUAAUUUUGGUAGGAAGACAAAAAUCCACUGAUUCAGCAUUUCUUCCUUCUUCAAAGACUGAUCAGUAUAUCAUUCAUUUGAUUGUUAGAGAAGUAACAUUGGAAGAACUUCCAGUCACAUCGAGUGAAAACCAGAGUGGAUACUCUACUUUCAGCACUCCGUUAAAUAAAACAGACAGAAAAAAACUAAUUGAAAGUCUUUCCCCAGAUUUUUGUUACCAAAACAGAGGGCUCUUAACAGCUAAAGGCAGCAGGCAAAGUGGAAAGCCUGAAAGAACCCUUAUUAAAGAAAUCAAAAGUCCUCCAACCAGUGUCUGUGAUGGCUUCAUCACUCUUAAAACUCUAGAUGCUGAGCCUGUUAAUGGCUCAGUAUCACUGCCCAGAUCCAGGAGCACACCCAACCACACCCUAAAUCCGGAACCUCCUAAUUUGCUUCCAAGAAAGAACUUACCAAGGGAAAAGGAAAUUUACCAGCUGUCUAAGGAAAUGGAAAUUUUAUCUAGGACCCUGACUGAAGUACAGCGAUGUCUUUCUGAACUCACAGAUGCUCUACAUCGUGAGAAGUCCUCUCCUGUGUAUCCGCUCUCUCAGGAUCUGCCCUAUGUGCACAUCACUUAUCAGAAAUCUUAUAAUGUAGGUCCUGGUGUUGAAAAAAGAGCCAUUCUCCUCUGCAAUGGCAAACUAAGGCUCAGUACAGUCCAGCAGACUUUCGGCCUCUCUCUUAUUGAAAUGCUUCAUGACUCACACUGGAUCCUUCUCUGUGCUGAUAGCGAAGGCUUCAUCCCAUUAACUUUCACGGCCACUCAGGAAAUAACCAUCAGAGAUGGCAGCACAAAUGUCUUCACAGACUCUGUCUCAGAGUCUUAAUCCUGCUCCUUCUCUUGAAGCCUUUAAAGACCUGACUGUCCAGAGUCCAGAUGCCACUGGCUGACCUGCCCGUUGAGGCAGCACUGCCUGAUACUUAUUUGUGGAGUAUUUGCUGCAUACAUAGCUUUUCAGAUGAGGCCAUUACAGACGAGAUCUCUUUUCCGCCAGGGACUCUCCUCAGCUGGGGUUGGCGCUGUCGCUCAGCGAGGAAGCACCUGCCACCGUUGGCUGUUUUUCCCCCCUUUUCCCCGCCCCGGGCUGAAGCUCACUGCUCUGGAGCAGAGCUCAGUCUUUGUUAGAUGGCUCAAAAAGUGGUUGUUUAUGUAUUCGUGACUGUGUGGUUUUGUCUAAGGGCAAAAUUCCCAGAACAAAACAGUAUUAUGGUGCCAUAUGGAUUGUGUUUUAUGGUUUCUCUGAGGCUUUCUGUCCCUUGCCCAAAACUGUUAAAGCUGUCUUAGAAGCACUUAAAAGGUACUUUAGCAUUGUUAUAGAUCAUUUCCUUGGCUUAAAGAUGAGAAUGAGAGGUACUGGAGAACAUAUGCUCCAACAUAUCCUCCUUACCCCAAACCAGCAGGAAUCAGCAGAGCUCAAAAGAAGACAAAAAAAUUAAGUGGACUUCUGUUCCCAGAAUAGGCAGUCGUUCUGAUGUGGCCUGGACCUGCCAGGAUCUAAACCUAACUCAACCAGCUUCCUUAAAAAAUUCUGGCUAACCAAGGUCCAGAUACUCCUAAAAAGUAGCCCCAGGCAAAUUUCAGAUGAACUAUCAAGUGCUUUGACCCCUGUGGACCCUACUUGAGCAUGUGCUGAUGUUAACGGUACAACGCCAAACUCUGGUGCAGUCUAGGGCAUGAUUACGUGCUGUCACUACUCCUGAUUUUCUCCCUAGAAUGCCCCCCCGCCCCCCAGUUUUAGGAUCAUAAAAAUGUCCUAUUUUUGUCCAGUAGUUAGCUCCCUAAGUUAAAUUGUCACUUUAAUUUUGAUGUUCUCAAGUCUUAGAGACCAGCAUAGUCUAUGAGAGAACAUAGUUCAGAGAAUUGGAAAUUUCACUCAAUCUGAGGUAAGUCAAAAGUACCACCUUAUUUUAAUUAUGGGCAAAAGUGCCGAGUUAGUAAAGUGGAAAGAGCCCUGAUUGCAACUUCAGAUAGACACGCCACUUCUCGAACAGAAUCAUAUAUUUCAGUGACGGCAGCAUGACAAAUUGAUGAGUGUGUGGCUACUCAGGGUACAUCUGCAGAUAAAUUGUUUCAGCCGAGGUUCCAUUAGCACAUAUGCAUCUUUUUGCCCCCUUUCCUUGAAAAUUAUCUGGAAAAAAAACGACUCCAUACCCUUGGGGACUCCUGUCUGUCUGUUACCAUUUAUGAAGAUGGAGCUGGAAUAGGAAAGAAGUGAGGGCACAUUUUGUGGUUCAGAUGCAUUAGGCAGCUGCUGGGAUAAUGGAAGUGGAGGCCGUUGGUCUGUAAUCAGGUGCCUGAGAGCAGUGGCCGAGGACAGUCUUGAGGCCUGGUUCUGUCUGCAAAGGAAGUGUCUGGGCAGGAUGAAAGACGAUUAUAAAGCCUGAGGGGCCUGGGGACCAGGCAGUAAGAUCAGUGCGGGUGCCUCAAGGUACAGGUAAUAGCCACCAUUUCCCUGGUCAGUCCUGUGAAUGAGUCAAUAAAAUCACUAAUGGUUGUUGUGGCCGUUGUGAAUGUUCUGAUGUUAUUUUUUCUGUGAUUAUCGCUGGUAUAAAGACAAUUUCUUGAUUUUA